ACCCAACAAUUGAGCAACAAAUACUUUACUUUUGUACUAUCCUCCAGUCCACUGCUCUCCCCAUACUACUUUUUUCUUUUUAACUAAGCAUGGAAAUGGCAGGCAAGAUUGCAUGUUUUGUGCUUUUGUGCAUGGUGGUAGUUGCACCCUAUGCAGCGGCACUGAGCUGCGGUCAGGUUACAUCUGCCAUGGCCCCUUGCGUUCCUUAUUUGACGGGUCGUGGUCCUCUUGGAGGCUGCUGUGGUGGAGUUAAAGGCCUAAUGAGUGCAGCCAAGACCCCAGCGGACCGGAAGACAGCAUGCACUUGCCUGAAAUCGGCAGCUAAUGCUAUAAAGGGCAUUGAUGCAGGCAAAGCUGCUGGUCUCCCUGCUGCUUGUGGCGUCAACAUUCCUUAUAAAAUCAGCCCUUCCACUGACUGCUCCAAGGUCCAGUAAGGCUUUCCACCAUAAUUCGGUAUCAUGAGGAGAAUCAAGAAUAAGAUGGAUAUCUAGUUUGAUCUUGCUUAUGGAUCCAUCACUAUAUAUGUUGUCUCUUUAUUUUUCAUUUGCAUAUGUUGGAGUAAUAGUCGAAUUUUGUGAUGAACCUUGGUGGUUAUAAGUUGUAUUACAACCCAAUCUUCAUCGUAAUACAUAUUCUACGAUCCUCUUCA